AAAUGCACACCACCUGCAAGAAAUCCAACGUUCGUAGCCUUUCCACGUCCUUCCCUUUUUCGCAGAGUUAAAGUUUUUCAACAUUUUCUCCUGCAGAAAUCAAACAAAGGCAUUGCCUUUUUGGAUUUGAGUAACACUGUUACCUUCUUUCCUAGUAUUUAGCUGUGAUCAAGAAUUGCGACCGAACAUUGUGAUUGUCCAUUCUCCUUGGGCUUCUGAGAAUAUUAGCUGAUUGUUAUGUGCACUGAUGGAACAGAGAAAGAGUAGGGUGGGGGAGAACGGUUCUUCUUCCCAUUGCAAUAACACGAAGAAACCGGAUAACCAUAGAAAUGGUCCUAGUAGAGAUCCAAUGCCUGGGAAUGAUCUUUGGAAAGAUGGACUUAUUUGUGCUUUUGAGUUUAUUCGGAGCCGGAAGAAACCAAUCAGUUCAAAACCCGGUCCAAGGAUCCCCACCAAACAACAAGCAGAUGGUGAGCAAGAAAGGGUGCGUGUUCCUUCUUACGGAUUUUCUGAUUCUCCAUCCCAAAUGGAAGAUGGAAGCCAGCAAUCAGGCCAAGUUCAGGAUAUCGAAAGAUUUGAGGGUGGUCAUUGGGUUCCAAUUGGGUGGGUUAGGAUUUCGGAAAUUGUACUAACCGUGCAAGCAAAUGCUAGUUGGCCCUCUCAGCAGGUUGGGAUGGAUGGUGAAGAUGACUUCACUGUUGCAGAUUUAGCAGCUCCGUAUUGGGAGCGUCCGGCAGGGCCCAUUUGGUGGUGCCAUGUCUCUGCAGGCCACCCCACAGUUGAAGCAUGGCUAAAGAAUGCCCAGUGGCUUCACCCUGCAGUUGGCUUAGCUUUAAGAGAUGAAAGUCGACUGAUCAGUGACCGGAUGAAGCACCUGCUAUACGAGGUCCCAGUUAGGGUUGCUGGGGGGUUGCUAUUUGAGCUUUUGGGUCAGUCUGCUGGGAAUCCAUUUGUUGAUGAGGAUGAUGUCCCCAUUGUACUUCGAUCGUGGCAAGCACAAAACUUCCUUGUAACGGUUUUGCAUAUUAAAGGCUCGGUGUCAAGCAUAAAUGUGUUGGGUAUCACAGAAGUUCAGGAACUUCUUUCAACUGGAGGCUAUAAUGCACCGAGAACAGUGCAUGAAGUCAUAGCACAUCUAGCUUGCCGCCUUUCUCGAUGGGAUGACAGGUUAUUCCGUAAGUCCAUAUUUGGAGCAGCAGAUGAGGUUGAAUUAAAAUUUAUGGACAGGAGAAACCAUGAGGAUCUGAAUCUUUUCACUGUAAUCCUCAACCAAGAAAUCAGAAAGCUAUCGACACAGGUUAUCAGAGUGAAGUGGUCACUUCAUGCACGAGAAGAGAUUGUAUUCGAGCUUCUCCAACAUUUGAGAGGAAAUGCCGCAAGAACCUUGUUAGAGCAAAUAAGAAAGAGUACAAGAGAAAUGAUCGAGGAACAAGAAGCAGUUCGCGGCCGCUUAUUCACCAUUCAGGACGUGAUGCAGAGCACCGUUCGUGCAUGGUUACAGGAUCGAAGCCUUCGAGUGACGCACAACCUGACUGUUUUUGGUGGUUGCGGCCUUGUGCUCUCGGUCAUCACUGGGCUAUUUGGAAUUAAUGUUGAUGGAAUGCCGGGUGCAGAGAACGCUCCAUAUGCCUUUGGUGUAUUUUCAGCCGUUCUCAUCUUUAUAGGAACUGUGCUGAUUGCGGUCGGGCUGCUCUACCUUGGGUUGAAAAAACCGGUCACUGGAGAGCAAGUUGAAGUUAGAAAGUUGGAGCUUCAAGAGUUGGUGAAGAUGUUUCAGCACGAGGCAGAGAAUCAUGAAGUGGUUCGUAAAAAUGCGUCUCGCAACAAUCUACCCCCAACAGCCGGCGAUGCUUUCCUACACAACGCAGAUUAUGUUAUGAUUCAACAAGCAUGAUACAAUUGUUGUACCUUAACAAUCGGAUUCUCAGAAACAGAAACGAAGAGAAUAGGAAGAGAAAGGUUCCUGGGGACGCCUCAACCGAAUAGGGUCUUGUUUGGCAGCUCGGAUUGUACUGACUAUUUCUGUCGAAUAGGAUAAAUAGCCACCGAAUAGUACUGACUAAAUUAGUUGGGCGUUUCUUAUAGUAUCGGACUAAUGAUCGUAUUAUUUAUACUGUUUGGUACUGAACCGGAUAAGAAAAGGGAAGAAAAAAAAAUUUGACAAA